AUGACUUCUCUUUCCAAGAACACCACCCCAACCACGCUAGCUCAAUUUCAAAUCCUCACGACCACAUAUAAAACUGUCCACGACCACGAAAUUACCACUGAUAUCCUCAUCCCUCCAUCGCUAUCCACGAACACACCACGUACACCGCGUCCCAUUCUUCUCCGCUACCAUGGAGGAGGACUUAUUGCCGGAUCCAGCCUGUUCCCAGCCUUCUUCAACCCAUGGUAUCUAGAGCUGGCAGAAACUCAUCAGACAAUCAUUGUGUCUCCAAACUAUCGCCUGCUGCCAGAGGCAACCUUCGAGGAGAUCAUGGGUGAUAUCGAAGACCACUGGCAGUGGAUGCACCGGACCAUGCCAUCCUUUCUUGCCACCCAAACCAAUGGGCGCCUUGCUGCGGAUCUGGAUCGAAUUAUUACCGGCGGUGAUAGCGCGGGCGGAUAUCUGAGUCUGCAGACGGCACUCGAUCAUCCGGAUAUGAUCCGCGCGGUGACGGCAACUUACCCCAUGGUAGUUGUGAAGAGUGAUCAGAUGGCCGGGGACUAUGGGAAAACGAUAUAUGGGUUACCUAGUUAUCCCAGAUCGACUCUAGCGGAUCACCUUGUGACUGUGAAAGAGCGAGAAAUGAAAACGGGACAAAAGGUUAUAGUAACGGCUGAUCACGGCGAGAAGAGAUUGCAGCUUAUGUUCGCUAUCUGUCAGCAUGGGCUUGCUGGGCCUCUUUUGUCGGCGGAUCCGAGGAUGUAUCCCCUUGACAGACUGGAGUUGGGGGCUCGAUUUCCUCGUGGUGGGAUGCUGGUUCUGCAUGGUAGUCAGGACAGCGUUGUACCGGUCCAGGAGUCUUAUUUGCUGAAAGAGGUGGUGCAGAAGGUGCAGGCUGAUCUUGAUUUCAAAUUGAUCAUCCGGGAGGGAGAGCAUGGGUUCGAUCACGGGGCAAGUUUGCAAGAUGAAUGGUUGCAAGACGGUGUGCGAGGAAUUGUUGAUAGCUGGUUUGCUUAG